AUGACUGAUUGGAUCAAAUCCUGGGUGAGCCAAAACCGAAUUCGUUACCGCCAGGAUGGGUUUAAUUUGGACUUAUCCUACAUCACGAAGCGGAUCAUUGCCAUGGGCUUUCCGGCCAAGGGAUUUGAGUCUUUGUAUCGAAACGCCAUGUCGGAUGUGAAGCGAUUCCUCGAACUCAGACAUGGAGAUCACUACAUGGUGUUUAACUUGUGCUCGGAGAACGGCUACCGAGGCGAACAUUUUCAGAAUCGCGUGGCGCAAUAUCCGUUUGACGAUCAUCAUCCGCCGAAUUUUCAGAUGAUCAAACCGUUCUGUGAGCAUGUCCAAGUUUGGUUGAAUGAGCAUCCGGAUAAUGUGGCUGUAAUUCAUUGCAAGGCUGGUAAAGGUCGAACAGGGACCAUGAUCUGCGCUUUUCUGCUCCAUUCGGAUUUGUUCCAAGACACGGAGAAAGUGUUGAGGUACCAUGCCGAGCAGCGAACCAAGAACAUGAAAGGUGUGACCAUUCCCAGUCAGCGACGGUAUAUUUCCUAUUACUCGUUGCUCUUGCGAGAAAACCUUCAGUACAAGGCUGUGAAGUUGGUGAUCAGGCGGAUUUCCAUCCGCCCCACCCUUAAGAUGGCGUUUGGCAACGAGUGCUCCAUUGGGAUCACGGUUCGCCAACCCAACCGAAAGUUGAAUCGAUCUCAGGUAUCUAAUGUGGAUCUCAGCCAGGUCCGUGAUGAGAUGAUCGUUCUGGAUCUGUCUCAACCUUUGGCCAUAUGCGGCGAUAUUAAGGUGGAGUUUGUGGUGGUGCCCAAGUUACCAGGGCUUGCACUGCAAAAGCUGGCCAUGCCUUUUAAACGGGACUUUCAUUUCUGGUUUAAUACGUACUUCGCGGGCAAGUCUUUUCCCUCUAAUCUGUGCCACAGUGUUGACAUUCGAAGACCCUCUGAAGAACUCACUCCUCCCGGAGCUUUUCGUCCGCGCAUACCCAAUGGAAAAAGCGAAGCCACCAUGACUUUGCGCUUGGAUAAGUCCCAAAUUGACCAAGCAGCUGGAGACCGAGAAUGCCGAUAUUUCCCAAAUAAUUUCGCCAUCGUCCUGGACUUGGAAAAACCAGCCGACCAAACCGACUUGGGUGCAUACAGCUCGUCGCCAUAUUGCCCCAUUCAGCAGUUUAAACGUCGAAAUCGACGCCCGAAGACUUCAUAA